UUGCUUUACCUGUGCAAUGACCCCACAAACGUCGCUGUCAAAAAUCCUGAAAUCCCUCUGUUUACCAUACAAAAAUGUCUCAAAAAAUAUAUUCCAACCUCCUCGUUCCGUUACUACUUGUUGUACAGCCUUUUUAGCUCCUUUUACAAAGUUUUGCAUCCCUUCCUUUGCCCCCUUUGAAAUUUUGUUAGCUAAGCUUUUAGUUUCUUCAAUUUUUUUAUCCAUCUCUCGCUCGAAAGAGGUCUUAGAUGAAUGUCCGGUAGAAAAUUGGUAA